AUGUUAACAAGUAACUUAAGAAAAGUUUUCAUAGUAGGUUAUGCUAGGACACCUAUAGGCUCAUUGUGUGGAAGUAUUUCUCAUAUUCCUAUUCAUAAAUUAGCUAGUGCUACCAUAUUAAAAGCUCUAGAAAGAAGUCAAAUUGAAAAAGAUUUAAUAGAUUGUUUAAUUUUUGGUCAAUCUUUUUCAGCUGGUUGUGGCCCUUUACCUCUUCAAAAAAUUAUUAUUGCUGCAGGUUUGAAUAUAAAUACAAAAUCAUAUCUCAUAAAUAAUUUAUGUUGUAGUGGGUUAGAUUCAAUAACUCUAGGUUAUGAUUUAAUUAAAAGAGGGAAAGAUAUAUGUAUUGUUGGAGGUAUGGAAAAUAUGUCUCAAAGCCCUUUUUUUUUAAAAAAUUUAAGAACAGAAAAAUAUAAUAUAGGGAAUAAUAUAUUUAAAGAUAGUAUUAUAAAUGAUGGAUACGAUUUUAUAAUUAAUAACAAGGAAUUAAAGAAAAAUAAUAAUAUAGAACUUUUUUGUAAAAAAUUUAAAAUACCCAGAAUUGAUUUAGAUGAAUAUGUUAUUAAUUCAUUUAAAAGAGCAUCGAAUGCUUAUAGUGAAAAUUUAAUUCAACAAGAAAUUUUCCCUUUGGUAAUUCAAAAAAAAAACAAAUUAGAUAUAGAAAAAAGUGUUAUUGAUAGUGAUGAAAUUUAUAAAAAAUGUAAUAUUGAUAAUAUAUGCAAUUUAAGUAAUGAAUCUAUUAUAACAAAUCAUAAUAUAGCCCCUUUUGGUGAUGGGGCAUGUGCAUUCAUAUUAAUGAGCGAAAAAAAAAUAAACGAACUUCAGUUAAAUCCAUUAGCUGAAAUUAUAACUUAUGAUAAUGCUUCUGUCUAUCCAUCUGAUUUUCCUCUAAGUAUAUCUCAUUCUAUAAUGAAAUGCUUAAAAACUAUAAAUAAAUCAUUUGUUGACUAUUAUGAAAUAAAUGAAUCUUCUGCACUUAAUGUAAUAUUUAAUAUCCAAAAUUUAAAAUUAGAUUUGUCAAAUGUAAAUAUAAAUGGUGGGUCAUUAUCUUUAGGAAAUCCAACUUCUGUAUCAGGAUCAAGAAUUCUUGCAUCUUUAAUUACUGUUUUAAAAAAUUUUGAUAUGAAAUUUGGAUGUGCAUCUAUAAAUAAUUAUUUAGGUUCAUCAACAUCAAUAAUAGUUGAAAAUUUAUAA